UCGACAAUGAGAUGGAAGCCAAGAUAAGUAGCUCAUCAAGUUCUCACGGUGCCUCGGUCAGGGUAACCCCGAGUACACAAGGUUCUUUUCACAUUCUCUCCAAUGUUUGAACCAAUUCGGGGAGGCACUCGAGGAGGCCAGGCAGAGUUCAAAUGGACGGAUGUCUCCGCAGACAAAGACAGAGAGAACUAUCUGGGUCACAGUAUCAAUGCCCCGACCGGAAGAUGGCAGAAGAACAAAGAUGUUCACUGGUAUAAUAGAGAUAUCAAGUCUGAUUCUGAGAGGCAAGAAGAGAUAAGAAAGAUCAAGGAGGCAGAAGCAGAGGCCCUUGCUGCAGCACUUGGGUUUGCCGCUGCACCAUCUGGUAGCAUUCCUGUUGUAAAAGCUUCCUCGAGCGUUCAAUCAGGACCGGCACAAGCCCUUGCUGCAGAUGGUGAACAGCCUCCUUCAGAGAAAGAGGAAAAGCGCCGUAAGAAAGCAGAAAGGAGGGAACAAAAAAAAGCUCGCAAAGAGGCACAUCGAGAGUCUCGCCAUGCCGAUUACGAACAACGUUCCCGCAGAGAUCGGACCCGUUCACGUUCACCUAAACCCAGCAAAGACGCUGAUCACGGCAGGCGUCGAUACCCGCGGCGCAGUCGUUCGCCCCUACCACCUAAUCGUUCACCUCAUGCUCCUCGACAUGUGAAAGAUUACGACGAAGGUGCACGCGAAAGGGAACGUGAAGGAGACCGGCGGCGAUGGGACUUUAAUCAAAGGGACAGACUAAGUACCCGUCAUGAACGAGAUUAACUCGGUUGAGUCUUCUUCAAGAAAUAUGUCAUGCUACCUAAGCAGGCUGUCCUACUACUCAUCAAAUUUCGUCUUCUCGGGGAAGAAUCAUGGCACCGGCCGCU